UUAUGACAAAAAAAAAAAAAUACAACUUCAAAAAACUCACCAUGCCUCUUAUGAAGUACGUCGGACUGUCUACUCUGCAAAAAGGGGUCCGUCCUGACAUUUGGGGGAUAUCUGUACCGUCCUGACAUUUGGGGGAUAUCUGUACCGUCCUGACAUUUGGGGGGAUAUCUGUACCGUCCUGACAUUUGGGGGAUAUCUGUACUGUCCUGACAUUUGGGGGAUAUCUGUACUGUCCUGACAUUUGUGGGGAUAUCUGUACUGUCCUGACAUUUGUGGGGAUAUCUGUACUGUCCUGACAUUUGGGGGA